CCCAUGGAGCAGCACGAGGUGCCGGGCAGCGCUGCCGACACGGGGGGGUCUGGGAGUGCGGCCCCCCCUGGAACAGAGCCCAGCACAGCACAGCCUGCCCCCAGUGCUGCCCAGGCUCAGGACCCAGGGAAGGAAGAGCCCAUGGAAAAGGUGGUGGGUGCUGCAGGAGAGCUCCACGGAGGGACAGCAGAGCCUGCACAGGAGAAAGUGCCAACUGCUGCAGGGAAGGAAGAGCCUGGGAAGGAGAAGGCUCCGGGUGCUGCUGCUGAGGCUGAGGGUGCAGCAAAAGAGAAGGCUGAGCCCAAAGGAGGGAAGGCAGAGCCUGCGCAGGAGGCAGUCCCAAAUGUUGCACAGCACUGGGAUGGAGGGGAAAAGAAGGCUGCCAAGGAGGGGGCUUCGGCUGCAGAGACCGACAGAGGGAAGGCAGAGGCUGCUGCAGGGGGUGGAGGCAAGGAAGAGCCCACAAAGGAGAAACCCCCAGUGGGAGAGGCCGGAGGACAGACAGCAGAGCCUGCACAGGGGAAGGGCUCAGCUGUAGCAGGGGCUCAGAAAGAACCCCCAAAGGAGAAUGCCCCAGGUGCUCCAGGAGCUGAGCCUGGAGGAGAAGCAGAGCCUGCAGAGAAGGCUUCGGCUGCAGCAGAGGCUGAAGGAGGGAAGGCAGAGCCCGCAGGGACGGCCCCGGCUGCAGCACCAGCUCAGGGUGUGGGAGAGCCUGUGAAGGAGGGGCCAGCUGCUGCGAAGGCCGAGGAUGGAGGGAAAAGUGCUGCAAAGGCAAAGAAAAGCCCGGCUGCAAAACAGCCUGCAAAGGAGAAGGCCCCUGCUGCUGCAAAGGCUCCGGAUGGAGGGAAGAAACCCACAAAGGUGGAAAAAAAUGCAGCGGUGACAAAGGCUCAGGAUGGAGGCAAAGAGCCUGCAAAGGAGAAAGCUGCAGCACCUGCAAAGGAGAAAGCUACAGAUGCUGCACAGAAGCCCCCGACUGCAGCGAAGGCUGAGGAUGGAGGCCAGGAGACUGCGGAGAAGGCCCCGGCUGCUGCAGAGGCUCAGGGUGAAGGAAAGAAAGAGGCCAACGCAGAGCAGACAAACAAGAAGCAGCCACCGAGGGGGACCGAGCCCACACGCCCAGCUCUGAUGCAGAGCCUGAGCUGCCCGGCCACCUGCCAGAGAGAGGAGCAGCCCGGGCCAGAGGUGGCUGCGAUGGAGACGAUCCCCGAGGAAAACCCAACGGCACUGGCAGGAGAGGGUCUGGCAGAGCCCACCCCGGCCCAGGGGGACCUGCAGCCCCCAGAGCAGCCCGUCCCACAGGAGAGGACAUUGCCUGGUGCUGAGGGGCAACCCCAGCUUGGGUCAGAGCCCCCCGGGCACGCAGAGCAGCCGGGCCCUGGGGCCACGGGGCAGCCAGCCGCAACGGUGGCAGAGCCACCACCCAGCCCCUACCUCACCCCUGAUUUUGGGAAGGAAGACCCCUUUGAGAUACUGGACGAUGUCCCCCCUCCACCCGCUCCCUUUGCGCACCGCAUCAUCACGCUGCGGACGGCCAGCGUCAGCUCGCAGUACAACCUCAGCACCAAGGAAAUCCUGGGGGGGGGGAAGUUUGGUGAAGUACACACGUGCACGGAGAAGCAGACGGGGCUCAAGCUGGCUGCCAAAGUCAUCCGGAAGCAGGGAGCCAAGGACAAGGUCUGUGGUGGGAGCCGGGCUUUGGGCACAUGGAGCUGGGGCUCAGCUGGGUCUGACACCAGUGCCAUGGUGGGGGUCCUGCCGCAGGAGAUGGUGCUGCUGGAGAUCGACGUGAUGAACCAGCUGAACCACCGCAACCUCAUCCAGCUCUAUGAUGCCAUCGAGACGCCCCGGGAGAUCAUCCUCUUCAUGGAGUUUGUGGAAGGUGGGGAGCUCUUUGAGCGGAUCAUCGAUGAUGACUACCACCUGACAGAGGUGGACUGCAUGGUGUUCGUGCGGCAGAUCUGCGAGGGCAUCCGCUUCAUGCACCACAUGCGCGUCCUCCACCUCGACCUCAAGCCUGAGAACAUCCUCUGCGUCGCUGCCACCGGGCACAUGGUGAAGAUCAUUGACUUUGGGCUGGCUCGAAGGUACAACCCCCAGGAGAAGCUGAAAGUGAACUUCGGCACUCCCGAGUUCCUCUCCCCUGAGGUGGUCAACUACGAGCAGGUCUCCUACUCCACGGACAUGUGGAGCAUGGGUGUCAUCACCUACAUGCUCCUCAGCGGCCUCUCCCCGUUUUUGGGUGACAACGACACCGAAACGCUCAACAACGUCCUGGCAGCCAACUGGUACUUCGACGAGGAGACCUUUGAGAGCGUUUCUGAUGAGGCCAAGGACUUCGUCUCCAACCUCAUCAUCAAAGAGAAGAGCGCCCGGAUGAGCGCGGGGCAGUGCCUGCAGCACCCCUGGCUCACCAACCUGGCGGAGAAGGCCAAGCGCUGCAACCGCCGCCUCAAGUCCCAGGUGCUGCUCAAGAAAUACGUCAUGCGGCGGCGCUGGAAGAAAAACUUCAUCGGGGUGUGUGCUGCCAACCGCUUCAAGAAGAUCACCAGCUCGGGCUCGCUGACGGCGCUGGGUGUCUGAGUGCGGGUGGGGGCUGAGCACCGUGAGCUCGGGCCAGAAAACGGGACUGGGGCCGUGCCUGGGUCCGGCUCCUGGACGCAGCAGGAUCUGUGUGGGGACGGCCCCACCUGCAUCCAUCCCACCACAGGGCAGAGGGCUGGCACCAACCCUGCUCCAUCCCUGGCCCUGCUCCAUCUUUGCCGCAUCCCUCGUGGUCGCUGCGCUGGUACCAGGUGCUGCGGGGCUGCUCAGAGCACAGGCUCUGCGUGCUCCCCACCUGCUCCCACCCUUAUGGGCUCUCAGGGCCUGAGCCAUCCCCAUCCCCACAACGCUCCCCCCUGCAUUCCCAUGGCCGUGCAACCACCGAUCCCCGCAUCCAUCAACAUCCCACCCACACCAUGCUCAACGCUCCCUGCUUGCUUUUCUCUCAGGUGCCUUUGGGGCGGCCCAGGAUGAGCCCUGCUACAUGGGCAGCCCACGCGUUCCCCGCCACCUCGCAUCCACGCUUGGCACACGGCUCCGCCUGUAAAUGCUGCAGCAUUGCCCUGUGAUCUCCUCGCUGGACCCUUUUUGCAGUGCUGGGCUCCACUCCCACAGCGAUGCCGGUGCCACGGUGCAGGGAUGCUGAAGCAGGCAGGGACCCGCACCCCGGCGCUUGGCACAGGACCGGUGCCGCGGCCGCUCCUCCCCGCCGGAGGAAGCCGGAGUUGGCCCCGCGCUGCUGCUCGCCGGGAGGGCUGCACAGGAAGGGAGGAAGCAUCAAACUCGCUUCCAGGAGCAUCCAUCCCCAGCUGGGAGCCGGCGAGUGAAGAAGGAGCCUUUGUGUUGCUGCUCACCCCUGCCCUCCGCGCUGCCAGCGGGGGAGCAGCACGGCCGCUCCUUCACACGUCCCAGCCAGAUAAAGGCGUCCUAAUGCAGAGCAGCUGGCCGCGCUCCCCCCGCGCCGGAGGAUUGCUUCAGCCCUGACCACCAACACACAGGAACUGCCGCCUGCCAGCAUCCCCCCACCGCCAGCGGGGCCGUGCCGGGGCCAUGGGCGCUGCUCCGCUCCCCACCCAGCCCUCGUCCCCCUCCUUCCUCCCAACGGCAAAACCCAAAGCAGCAAGGAUGGGGAGCGUGGUGCCAGUCCUGCGCCGCGAGGUUGGGGCUUAUGC